GAAAGGAGCAAUGGCUUGGCACACAUGUGAGCUGGAAAGAAUACGGUGGGUCGUGAUUGCUGUAACAUUAUCGUCUUGCCGUUGAACAUUGUUCUGGUUUUAGUAUAAAAAUGAACGCAGUACUCGACGAAACUUCUCAUCAUCACUUCAUAUCAUUGACUUCUCAUCAUUAUCAAGCCCCCAUCAAUUAUCAAUCAUCAUGUAUUUUUCAAAACUUCUCCUCUUUUCCGCUGGGGCCAUAACUACAGGCCUAGCUCAACAAUUCAUGGUUCCUGCCCCAUGGUAUGUCCAAAAAAUCAGUAUUGGAAACAUCAGACACGGCACUGGCGGCUUGUAAGUUAUUUUCCUCAAACCUAAUAACUGAUUUACAUGACUUCUGACAUGAGAAAAAUAGCUGGUCAUUCAACUUGAUCGACACGCCUACUCCAGCUCCUCAAGGCCUGAAUGUAACAUGCAGUUAUAGAUCUCAAACUACUUAUACAUUCGCACUCGAUGGUUACCCAGUUGAUGCACCAUGCAGUGGUAAUCCCAAUGUGACUUUCAGUCUAUACCCUGAUGGCAAUCAUUUUACCUUCAAUAUCACGCACUUGUAUGGAAAUUGCGGAACGUAAGUUUGUGUCUGGUGUUCGAGUUGGUGAAGUCGUAGACUAAUAUAUAAUCAUAGUGCGGAUAGCCCAGCUCCUGUAAGCAGAAUCGGUUCUUUGAUUUCGCCGAAAACCCUUUUGGAAAAGUACUGACUUGCUUUUUUGUAGUGUAACGACAAUGGAACAUGGCAAUUCAGUUGGGAUGACGUUAGGGGACAAGAGGAAGAUGUCCAGAAUAACUUUGGACAAUCUGGAAGUUUCUAUAGAGAAGCCAUUUCCAUGUAUCCAAAUCGAGCGAUACCCAGCGAGAAGUGCGAGUUCUGUUGAUUCAGUAGGAGGUUGAUGAUGCGGCGACGAGAUGCCUUCUGUGCUAUGGAAAUAUGUAAAAGAAAAUAUCGAAAACCGUUGAAUUGAGAUUUUAGAUGAAGUCUGCUGGAAUUGGUGAAGGUACAAAUAGGGUUUAAUGAGAAUUAUAAUUGGUAAUCUAGU